AUGACGCAGUGCUUUGACGUCAAGAACCCGGCCACUGGUGCGGUGGUGGGCAAGUAUGUGCAGCAGCAGGCAUCCGAUAUUGUAAAGGCUGUAGCGAACGCACGGGUGGCGCAGAAGGCUUGGGCUCAGCUCACGUACGACCAGCGAGCGGUGCACUUAAAGAAGAUGAAAACCUUCCUCGCCUCCAACGCCGAUCGCGCGACCGACGUGAUCGUGUCUUGCAGCGGUAAGACUCGCCAGGAUGCGCUCGCGACGGAGGUGCUCUCAGGAGUCCUGGCGUGCGACUGGUAUGCCAAGAACACCAGGAAGGUGUUGGUGCCGCAAAAGCUGCCGGUCGGCUCCAUUUUAUUCGCCAACAAGUCGAACACAAUCUACUACGAGCCGGUGGGCGUUGUCGGCAUCAUCUCUCCGUGGAACUACCCAUUCUCCAUUCCGUUCGGUGAGGUACUGAUGGGACUGAUGGCCGGCAAUGCGGUACUGCUGAAGGUGGCUACAAACUCCACCCCUGUUGGCUGCUUCAUUGAAGAAGUGGUGCAGGCGGGGGAGUUGCCGGUAGGACUCUUUCAGCAUCUCAUCAUCAGCGGCGCCGAGGUCGGCCGAGCGCUGCUGGAGGCUGGCAUCAACAAGCUCUUCUUCACUGGCAGCGUCGGCGUUGGCAAGAAGCUCAUGGCCGAGGCGGCCAAGACGCUGACCCCGGUGUCCCUGGAGCUUGGCGGCAACGACCCGAUGUUGGUACUCAAGGAUGCCUCGAUUGAGCGCGCCGUAAACUGCGCUUGCUGGGGUGGCUAUCAGAACGCCGGCCAGAGCUGCGGCGGCGUGGAGCGCAUCUACGUGGACGAGUCCAUCUACCCCGAGUUCCUCGCCCAGCUGAAGGCAAAGACAGAGGCGCUGCGCCAUGGCCCGGACACCGGCGCCUUUGAUGUGGACAUUGGCUGCAUCACAACCAGGGGUCAGUACGAAACGAUUGCUGCGCAGGUGAAAGAGGCGCUGGCGCAGGGUGCCCAGAUUGAGGCACAGAGCCGGCCUAGCGCGAACUGCCCAAAGAACGGUUUCUUCUACCCAGCCACGGUCCUCAGCGGCUGCACACCAUCGAUGAGAAUCAUGAAGGAAGAAACCUUCGGCCCGAUCCUCCCCGUGAUACCCUUCAAGACGGAGGAGGAGGGCAUCCAGAUGGCGAACGACUGCACCAUGGCUCUCACGAGCAGUGUGCACUCUCGCAACAUGAACCAUGCCAAGGAGGUGGCGAUGCGGCUGGAAAGCGGGGUGGUCACCAUCAACGAUCACCUCUACUCUCACGGAAUGUCGGAGGCGCCGUGGGGUGGGUGGAAGGAGAGCGGAAUCGGCCGUACGCACGGCUACCUGGGGUUGAAGGAGAUGGUGAAUGCAAAGUGCAUCAACUCGGAUCGGAUGCCCUCCGGCUUGCUGCCACGCAAUCUCUGGUGGUACCCGUUCAGCCGCGAGACAGACGCGAUGCUCCGCAAUGUGCUGUCCUUUGCCGCCCCGACAAGCAUCUUGCAGAUGCUGUCGAGCCUGUGGUACAUCAUCACGCACUGCAGGUAUAUGUUCUGUCCAUGGAAGAUCAGCAGCACGGAGAAGUGA